UUCCAACACGAGUCAAGUUUUUGGGAGGAGAAUGCAGAGAAGGAUGGAGGGGGCGUUAUUAUAUUAUUGCCUGACCCCUAAUUUGUACUGCUCAGAGACGGCUCACAGGACAGUUUGUAAAUGAUUUGCACCAGCUACCAUUCAGAGCAGAUAUCUCAGUUACUGCGUGGAGAAAUUUGACAGAGGGUCAGUGUUGUACAUGGACUUGCAAUCGCACAUGUAAUGCCUCUGUGAAAUCUUGGCAAACAUGGUGGAGACAAAACACGUGAAUAUUUAAUUCUUGCAAGUCUGAAGAGAAGGAACCAGUCGCCAGGUCCACGGCUGUCUUUUUUUUUUUUUUAAACUGUUUUGCAACCCAGUGUUACUCUAAUUUGUCAGAGGCAUGUGGAAUCUCACCACGAUUAGGAAUUUCUUCCCAAUAGCAUGCAUGCUGUUGAUGUUAUGGACAAAGGUGUCCCAGUCAACCGGUUAUUUCGAGGUGCAGCUGAUCUCAGUGGAGAACGUAAAAGGCGAGUUGGCGAACGGCGAGUGCUGCGAUGGUUUUCGCGGCUCCCAGGACCUGCGCUGCACUCGAGACGAGUGCGACACUUACUUCAAAGUGUGCUUGAAGGAAUAUCAGAUGGAGGUCACCACCAGCGGCUCCUGCACGUUCGGAGCUGGAUCUACACAAGUUCUCGGUGGAAAUAUGUUUUCUUUUAAGAACUCGAGUGAAAUCGACAAUACUGUGAUCCCCUUCCAGUUUGCUUGGCCGCUGAUCUACACAUUGAUUGUAGAAGCCUGGGACUGGGAUAACGACACACGCAACACUGAAGAGGAGCAGCUGAUUGAGCGCAGCAUCCACACUGGCUUUAUUAACCCUGGUGACCCCUGGCAAAUGAUCUUGCAUGAUGGGCCUGUGGCUCGCAUCAUUUAUCGUAUCCGGGUGAGGUGUGACAAAAACUACUACAGAAGCACAUGCAACAUAUGGUGUUCUCCUCGUGAUGACAACUUUGGCCACUACCGCUGUGGACCUUCAGGGAAUCAUGUGUGCCUGGAUGGCUGGAUGGGCCGGGGCUGCACAACAGCGAUGUGCAAGCAAGGUUGCAACCUGUUACAUGGCAUGUGCACUGUGCCAGGAGAAUGCAAGUGCAGCUAUGGCUGGCAGGGUGAAUUUUGUGAUGAGUGUGUAACUUAUCCUGGAUGUGUCCAUGGAACCUGCAGCAUGCCCUGGCAGUGCAUCUGUGAGAGGAACUGGACUGGCCUGCUUUGUGAUAAAGCCUUUCACCCGGAAGAACACUUACCAACCACACCACCCAGGACCCUUCACUACGAAGCAAGUUCACAUCCAGUGGCCUGCAAGCAAGGUUGCAACCUGCUACAUGGCACGUGCUCUGUCCCAGGAGAAUGCAAGUGCAGCUAUGGCUGGCAGGGUGAAUUUUGUGAUGAGUGUGUAACUCAUCCUGGAUGUGUCCAUGGAACCUGCAGCAUGCCCUGGCAGUGCAUCUGUGAGAGGAACUGGACUGGCCUGCUUUGUGAUAAAGCCUUUCACCCGGAAGAACACUUACCAACCACACCACCCAGGACCCUUCACUACGAAGCAAGUUCACAUCCAGUGGCCUGCAAGCAAGGUUGCAACCUGCUACAUGGCACGUGUUCUGUCCCAGGAGAAUGCAAGUGCAGCUAUGGCUGGCAGGGUGAAUUUUGUGAUGAGUGUGUAACUCAUCCUGGAUGUGUCCAUGGAACCUGCAGCAUGCCCUGGCAGUGCAUCUGUGAGAGGAACUGGACUGGCCUGCUUUGUGAUAAAGCCUUUCACCCGGAAGAACACUUACCAACCACACCACCCAGGACCCUUCACUACGAAGCAAGUUCACAUCCAGUGGCCUGCAAGCAAGGUUGCAACCUGCUACAUGGCACGUGCUCUGUCCCAGGAGAAUGCAAGUGCAGCUAUGGCUGGCAGGGUGAAUUUUGUGAUGAGUGUGUAACUCAUCCUGGAUGUGUCCAUGGAACCUGCAGCAUGCCCUGGCAGUGCAUCUGUGAGAGGAACUGGACUGGCCUGCUUUGUGAUAAAGCCUUUCACCCGGAAGAACACUUACCAACCACACCACCCAGGACCCUUCACUACGAAGCAAGUUCACAUCCAGUGGCCUGCAAGCAAGGUUGCAACCUGCUACAUGGCACGUGCUCUGUCCCAGGAGAAUGCAAGUGCAGCUAUGGCUGGCAGGGUGAAUUUUGUGAUGAGUGUGUAACUCAUCCUGGAUGUGUCCAUGGAACCUGCAGCAUGCCCUGGCAGUGCAUCUGUGAGAGGAACUGGACUGGCCUGCUUUGUGAUAAAGCCUUUCACCCGGAAGAACACUUACCAACCACACCACCCAGGACCCUUCACUACGAAGCAAGUUCACAUCCAGUGGCCUGCAAGCAAGGUUGCAACCUGCUACAUGGCACGUGCUCUGUCCCAGGAGAAUGCAAGUGCAGCUAUGGCUGGCAGGGUGAAUUUUGUGAUGAGUGUGUAACUCAUCCUGGAUGUGUCCAUGGAACCUGCAGCAUGCCCUGGCAGUGCAUCUGUGAGAGGAAUUGGACUGGCCUGCUUUGUGAUAAAGCCUUUUCACCCGAGUCAACUUAAAAUCCAUUAAUCAGCUCCACACGGUGCAGCCACCAGACCAAGUGACAAAUGACCACAUUGUGUCUGUUUUUAUCCUUUUUGCAUUUUUUCCCAGUCAAAAAUGAUCUUUUCUAAUUUCUGAGUCUUUUUUUUUUUUUUUUAGUCUUCUUUGACUCCUUAUGACCUGUACAUUAAUUAUAUCAUUGAUUUUAUAUAGACAGCAUACCUGUCAAGUUUUGUAUUUAAAAAUACGGGAAAUUUUCCCCUGCUGAAAAUAGAGAUCACUAUAUGACGUCAUCACCUAAUUUGCAUAACGCUUCAUUUGGAUGUACUGUAGUUGCAAUCGAGGCUGCAGGAGAGGACAAACAUCUUUGUACAGACUAAAAUAACAGUUUUUGAAUGCACUCUAAAAGACAGUUGUAAGAGUUUCAGUUGUAGGGAUGUCCUGAAAACCAUGACUUGUGUUAAGAUUUUACCAAAAAUAAUUUGCAAUGUAUCAUUUAUUUAGUUAUAUUCCAUUUAUUUUUAUUCAAGCACAAAACUGGUGUGAUCAUGUGACCGGUAACAUGUGUUGCUCUUUGUGUUAUUGUCUGAGGAAAAACAGAUGUGCUUAAAAAAUUGCAAUUACCAAGAUGCAAUAAAUAUGUCAA